AUGGCCGGGCUCAGCACCCGCUACGACCAGAUCAGUGGCCGCAUCCUGCUGCUGUCUGACAGGGGUGAGUGUGGGCCGAGGGCGCUGUGUGCGGGGGCUGUCCAGAGCGGGCAGCCUGCUGGCUCUGCGCUGCUGCAAGCUGCCACAGUUUCUACACAACACCUGCACCUCACCCUGUCAACUAUCUUCUUGCAUGUAGCAGGUGGAGACGAGGUAGAGGUGGGAUACAUCGAAGCUUCCAGCAACCAGCGGUCUGCAGUUCCACGCCACGAGACUCGUGGGAAAGAGGAGUCCUUCGACUUUGGCGCCUCCAGAGUUCUCGUCCGGCACCAAGACAGGUCGGGCGAAUGUCUCUGGAUCCGGCACACCAAAGACAAUCCGAGUGAGAUAAUCACAAUGUGUCAGCGGCACCUGAGGAGCCACAUCUACGGUGGUGUCGAAUCGACUUACCGCACCUGGCCCAUCGAGGACAACGUGUACAAGCACUACGCAUACGUCGCCGAACAUACGGACCACGCCACCAUCGCUACACGUUACUGGGUUUUCUCCGACGGAAGACUCGUCCAUGUUCACACGAACGUUCCUCUCUUCGUCGACCAAAGCAGCAAUCAGACGAGUAAUAAACUGUGCUUCAGUGCCGAGAACGCGUCUCUCUACCCAGAGGACCGAAGCGACAACGUGCUGGAAUACGAGCUGUGUACAUAUGGUGAUGCGAAGGAGGCGCACUUGGUCGGUAUCCAGAAGUACCUGGGCAAACCUACGGCGAUUCCAGACGAAUACUUUGGUGUUCAGCCUUUCUGGGAAGUGGGGCCACCUGAACAGAACGUGAGAGAGCGCGCCGCAGGCAUAAUCGAGCACGGGUUCGGCUACAGCCUUCUCGAAAUAGCCAACUUCUGGGAGAGCUGCCACGGAAGCUUCACCCCGGACACCACCAAGUUCCCCGACAUGAAGGCGCUCGUGGACGACCUCCACGCACUGGGAGUCCCCGGUGGAUGGGUUGGCAUUAUCGACUUCACCAAUCCUGAUGCGGUAGCUUGGUGGACUGAUCGAGUUGCGGCGCUCCGCAACGAGACGGGCGUGGACUCCUUCAUGUUCGACUUCGGCGAGACCAGCUACCUGCCGCAGCCGCCACAGCUCACACCGCUCGAGAGGACGCCCGUGGUCUACACCGACGCGUACGCCAAGGCAGUGGCCCAGUUCGGGCCCAUGGCGAGGCUGCGGUCCGGCGUCGAGAGCCAGCGCCUGCCCAACUUCUUCCACAUGGACGCGGUGGACACGUCGUGGAGCACGCAGAACGGCCUGAAGACGCUGCUGCCCAAGCUGCUGGAGAUGAGCCUGCAGGGCUACCCCUUCGUGACGCCGGAGAGGGUGGGCGGCAGCGCCAAGACGGGCGUCAUCGCCACUCGCGAGCUGUACAUCCGCUGGCUGGAGGCCAGCGCCUUCAUGCCCGCCGUCCACUUCCGCACCGUGCCCUGGGACUACGACAACGAGAUGCGUCCCGUGCUCACGGUGGAGCUCGCACGCAACCUGACGGCUUUGCGCGCUCAGUACGGUCCGAGGAUCGUCGAGCUGAUGAAGCAGGCAGUGGAGGACGGCACUCCGGUCAACCGGCCCAUCUGGUGGCUCGACCCGACAGACUCCACCGCUCUCAAGAUCAGCAACGAGUACCUGCUGGGCGACGACCUGCUGGUGGCGCCGGUGACGUAUCGCACGGCCUCGAGGCGCGACAUCUACCUGCCCAAGGGCUACUGGCGGGACGAGGUGGACCCCGAGCACCCCACCAUACGGGGCCCCACCUGGCUCUACGCCUACCCUGCGCCGCUCAACACUCUGCCCUACUUCACCAGGGUCAGCUCCUAG